AUGACUGAACUACUUCGCGUUGCCUCUGCCCGGCGAGGGUUCGGCAUGGACACGCUCAUUCUCGCGGCCUGGUCCGCACUCACGUUCUGGAACGCGUGGUUCCUCGGGCGCAGUUUACUCCGCCGCUCACUUGGCGUCCUGGAGACGACUGGGUUUGAACCCCCCGCUCUCUUUGGCCUCGUCCUCCGGUUGCUGUGCCUGUUCGUCAUCGACAUUCUGAUGUACGUGCGCUUCGCUUGGGCACCACAGGUAUCCCAAUACCACCAGCGCGCAGACACAACCGAGGGCCGCACAGACGCAACCGAGGGCGAGAAGGUCCGGGCUAAGGAUUUGGAGGUACUUGUGGCCGAGCUGCGGCGUGAGAACGCCGAGCUGCGUCUAAAGCUAUACGCCUAG